AUGGAUUGGUAUGGCACACUUGUCCUCACCAUUUUCUUCUGUGUGUCAUGUAUUAUACUGAGCUUCCUGAGGAUUUUAAGGGAGAAAGCAUCACUUCCUCCAGGACCCAUGCCUUUACCACUCAUUGGCAAUUUGCUGCAGAUCGACACAAAAGACAUUGGCUCCUCACUUAUGAAGCUGAAAGACAAGUAUGGACCAGUCUACAGUCUGUACCUGGGGCCUAGACCUGGAAUUGUUCUAUGUGGAUACAAUGCUGUGAAGGAGGCUUUAAUUGACCAAAGUGAAGUAUUUGGAGAUAGAGGAGACUAUCCUGUAUUCUUGAACUUUAUAGGUGAACAUGACCUUUGCUUUACCAAUGGGGAGAGAUGGAAGACACUUCGACGCUUUGCGCUGCUCACACUGAGGAACUUUGGAAUGGGGAAAAGGAGUGUGGAGGAGCGGAUACAAGAGGAGGCUCAGUUCCUCAUAAAAGAGUUUAAGAAGGCAAAUGGGGCUCCAGUGAAUCCCACCAACUACUUUGCUCGAACAGUCUCCAAUGUGAUCUGCUCUAUAGUAUUUGGCAGUCGGUUUGAUUAUGAGGACAAAAGACUUUUGGCCAUAACUGACAGCAUUUAUUAUAACUUUCUCAUCAUGAGCAGCACUUGGGGGACAUUGUACAACAUGUAUCCAGGCCUUAUGGAAUACUUGCCAGGUCCACACAAGAAAAUCGGCAAGUAUUUUAAUAUGAUCUAUGACAUUUCAGCUGAAAGCAUUAAACAACACAAGGAGACUCUGGAUCCUGAAAAUCCUCGUGACUACAUUGACUGUUUCCUCAUGAAGAUUAAAGAGGAAGCAGACAAUCCAGACACCACCUUUUAUGCCAAAUCUUUGGCCAGGACAAUUCAAAACCUGCUGUUUGGAGGAACAGAGACGGUCAGCACUAACCUGAGAUACGGAUUCUUGGUGCUUAUGAAAUACCCAGAGGUUGCAGAGAAAAUGCAAGAGGAGAUUGACCGCGUAAUUGGAAGAAACCGACUGCCAUCCAUAAGUGACAGAAGCAAUAUGCCAUAUACAGAGGCCGCUAUCCAUGAACUCAUAAGGUUUUGUGAUGUGCUGCCAGUCAGCCUUCCUCGAGCCACAUCCAGAGGCACACAAUACAGAGGAUAUUCAAUCCCGAAGGGCACACAUGUCACCCCACUCCUCGCCUCUGUCCACAGGGACCCAGAUCAUUACGCACAGCCAGAAGAAUUUAACCCAAAUCAUUUUCUGGAUGGCAAAGGGCUUUUUAAGAAGAACGAUGCACACAUGCCUUUUGGUGCCGGAAAAAGGAUGUGUCCAGGAGAAAGCUUGGGUCGGAUGGAACUCUUCCUAUAUUUCACAUCUCUGCUUCAAUAUUUCACCUUCAAACCAGUCAUUCCAAAGGAGGAGAUAGACCUUAAACCAACAGGGAGUGGACUGGGCAAUGUCCCACCAUACUACAAGUGCUGCAUCAUACCUCGAUAA